AAAAUGUCGGAGAGGUGUCUUGAACGUGUUUACAAAAGAAAUGCUGAAGUGCAUUCAGGACUGCUCGGUCAGGAGAAUACAUGAUGUUGCGAGAACAUACUUGUUACAGCAAGUAUCCAUAGGAUAAUGUCUUGUUUGGCAGCGCUUGUUGCUGAUGGCUACACUACAGCUUGAAACUUCAGUUUUUCUACGAUCAGUGGGCGGUUUUCUGGAAAAGUUAAUAAGGACAGACACAGCAACGUCAGUAGGAGCCCUUUGGAACGCCUUCACUAUUAUUAUCGACCAAGUUUGCCAUGGUGAAUGAUGCUUCUGGCGACGAGUACAAUGAUGACUUGGAGGUGGAGCAGCAAUUUGAUCAAGUUGCGGUAGGAAUACGAUGGCAAAGGGGAUGUUGCUUUUUCGAGGUGCCCACAGUUUAUUGUUUAUAGGAAGAUGGGGAAUCAGAAGCGGCUUGCAACCCAGAGACAACGGCAAUUGACGAAGUGGAGAAAGGUGUUGAUCAAUCAGAGAAUACCCUGCCCGCCGAGGAAAUCGCUACCUCCUCCACCGAACAGCAAGGUGAACCAAUUUCGGACGCUGAAACUGGACAUACUUUACCGCGUCUAGGGAAAUCACGGCAGCAAAACAAGCGGCGAGGUACGAAGAGCCAUUUUGGCAUAGCAGGAGACAAGGACGUGGAGAUCGCAGCGCUAAAAAAGAAGCUGAUGCAGGCCAAGAAAAUCAAUACUGAGCUGCACAACCAACUCCAGAGAUUCUACACAAAUGAUGUCAUCAUUCAGUUAGAGAAUCGCGUGAAAGAGAAACAAAAGCGAAUCGACGAGUUGCUACAGGAGAACAGAACACUGAAAAACUCAGAACGUUUGUUGACAAAGAAUAUCGAAGACAUUCAGAACUCAAAGGACGAUUUCCCUUCCAAGAAGCGUGCUUUGCAAGAGGAACUACGAGUUUGUAAGGAGAGAAUCAAGCAGCUCAAGGAGCAGUAUCGAGUAGCAGACGAGAAAGGCUUCAAGUUACACCAGCUGAGUUUUGAUCUGGCGGUCAAAAAUAAGGGACUAAGUGAAAAACUUCGACUGCUUGAGACGACCACAUCGACGUGUAUGUCACCAGGUCCCUCCAAUGUUCGUAUCGAAACCGGUGCUCUAAUGGAAGGACCUUCAUCCGAGGAGGUGCAGACCAUUCUCGCCAGCCAGGAAGAAGAAAUCACUCGGCUACAUCAGCGAGUUGCAUUGAUGAAGAAACGACACAAGGCCGAGCACGCCAAGUACGAGCGAUUGUUGAAGACUAGUCAAGGCGAAAUUGAUGACUCUCGUGCUGAGAUGGAGCAAUUUUAUCAGCAACUUUUCGCAAAAGAACGUGCAGCUCGAGUGCAAUUCUUGCACAUGAAGAAACUCAAACACGCGUUACAUGAGUUAGCGAAUACGCAGCAAACCAAUCAGCGUUUCCAGCCGUUCUUAGCGAACCGCGAAGUGCGAAUUAUGAACCGCAGCAACAAGCAGCAUCAAGUAGGUCCGCAAUCUCCGCAAAAGGGGCCCGCGAUAAAGGCAGGUCGGUGGAUCACUGAAGCGUUGCAUCAUCUCGGGUUUGUGAUGCCUCUUUCCUCACAACUUGACGGUUCAAUUAAGUCACCGGAUGAAAAUGUUACUGACGAGCAAGCCGACAUUCCUGAGAAUUGUAUCCAAGGCAGACUGGUUCCGGUCCCGCCUUCUGCAACGCGAUUUGCUGGAGGCGCAAGCACUCGCUCCCAGCUCUAUAACAACGGCUCGGAUGACAGAGCGAGAAAUAACGGUGCCAUCAGCGACGUGAGCGAGGAAUCCAACGAUGAGAGCAGCGAAAAGGACCAAGACACGACAGUAACACCCGCGACGACGAACGCUACAGCGCAUGCGCCAGAAAAUCCCGAGCGGAGGACUAUCCUGAGUGGCAAAUGA